UUUAAUACUUUUGGGUAACAUAAUGUGCGUAACUUUUGUUAUAUACAGAUAUACUAAUAUGUUGAAAAAAGUACAGUCAUGCCCCUGACCAUGAUUGAAGUGUUUGUUCUAAAACAAUUAAUGCAUUUGCAUUUAAUUCUAAUUGUUGCUCGACUUUACUUACAAAUAAAUAUUAUUUGCAGUUGCUUAUGACUAUUUUUCCUACCAUUAUUAAGAUCUUGAAAUUAGAGCAUAACUCUGACACGUCUUUCUCUUCUCAUUGGUUUGAUGGUGCUGUGUUACGUAUUAUGAAGUUGGCAGGUGAUUUAAUGAAUGUUGACUAUGUCAACGAUGGUUUUGAUUAUCUAAGAGCAAUUUCAGCACAACAAAGUUGAUAUAGUUUCACUGUGUUUUACGAUGUGUUGGAUACAGUACUCUGCAGUCACUUGAGCAAUGGAAAGACAUGCAUUAAAGCUGCUUUGGGCCGCUGUCCAGGGUGCUGAACAAGUCUCUUCCUUGAGAUCUGGUUGCUGUCCGUGGUGCUGAUUUUGCAAGUUCUAUUCCGUGUAAUAGUGCAAUAGAGAAAAGGGUGUUCAAAAUAACUACAUAAAUAAAUAAAUAUUAUGUCAAUGAAUAACAAUACUAGUUUAUUAAAUCACAUUUUCAUAGAUAACUAUUGUUCUAUGAACAGUCUAUCCGUUGAGCUCAAGUCUUCCAAAAUCAACACAUACAUUUAGUAGUUUACUCAGCAUAGAUUUUCUCAUUCAUACCGUUCACUGUACCUUAUAAUAAGCAUCAGCACUUUUGUUUUGGGCCGUCUUUCUGUAUACAAAAGUGUCGCACGAUGUCGCCAGAGACCAUGCUAAAUUACUGUGUUCAACGUUCAGACACUCCUCCUCUAUUUAUGACAGAGAAGAAAACGUCAUCAACUGGUAGUGCUUUGUGAAGAUAGCGUUCAGAUGAGUGGAGCCCAGCAGAGAGAGAGGAUCCUAAGCGAGAAUGGAUACAUAAAAAAGCUAUCUUUCAGUUUUCGUGGAGAGGCCAAACAGGAAGAAAGCAGGAUUUGUUGCUUUUGCCUAAACAGCGAUGGCUGCUCGGGAACAAUGGGAUAAUAUCGGGGGUCUGUUUUUCACUCUGCUUUGUCUCUGCGGCUGGUCCGCGGCUCAGAUAUCCUAUUCCGUUUCAGAGGAGGUGGACAAAGGGACAGCGGUGGGAAACCUCGCUAAGGAUUUAAAUCUCAAUGUGCAGCAACUCCAGUCCGCGGGUCUUCAGAUUACCUCUGGGUAUAACAAACGGUAUUUUGACAUAAAUCAUGAAUCUGGAGUACUUUUCGUUAGCGAGAGGAUAGAUCGGGAGGAGCUUUGUCCUAAUACGGUAAAGUGCUCUUUAAAUAUAGAGGCCAUACUGAGCAACCCUCGCAGCCUUCAUCGCAUUGAAGUUGUUGUUAAUGAUAUUAAUGAUAAUGCCCCGUCUUUUCAAGAAGAAAUAACUACAAUCGACAUGUUUGAAUCUUCAUAUGUCGGAGACAGGCAUCCACUGCCGAUAGCUCAUGAUGCAGACGUAGGAGCUAACACAGUGAAGACUUAUAAAUUGAACCCAAAUGAUCAUUUCUCUUUGGAUAUACAGAGCAUCGGUGACCAGAGUGUGUCUGCUGAACUAGUGCUGCAGAAAGCUUUAGAUCGAGAAAAACAGGCUGUUAUUGAACUCACACUGACUGCGGUAGAUGGAGGAAAACCUCCCAAAACAGGGACUUUACAGAUACAAGUUAAUGUGCUGGAUAUUAAUGACAAUGCACCCUUGUUCAGUAAAUCUCUUUACAAGGUCCAAGUUGUUGAAAAUGCAGAUAUUGGCACAACGUUAUUGACACUGACAGCUACAGAUUUAGAUGACAGUGUUAAUGGUGAAGUUGUUUACUCUUUCACAGAAAGGGGGCGUUUAAAUCCUGAUGAUAAAUUUGCCCUGAAUGAUGAUACUGGAGAAAUUACUGUGAAAGGCAAAAUUGAUUAUGAGGAACAUCAAGCAUACGAGAUUCGUGUUCAAGCACGAGAUAAAGGCACUCCUCCUCGCAGUGCGCAUAGCAAGGUUUUAGUGGAAGUUAUUGAUGUAAAUGAUAAUGCUCCAGAAAUCUCGGUUUCAUCACUCAUGAGUCCAGUGAAAGAGGACGCUGAAAUAGGCACAGCCAUUGCUAUGGUGACUAUCACUGAUAAAGAUGGAGGCAAAAAUGGUCAGACGAACUGUAAGAUUACAGGUUCCGUGCCAUUUAAAUUAAAAUCAAACUAUAAAAACUAUUAUUCUUUGUUGGUUGACGGGCCUCUUGACAGAGAGAGUGUUUCCCAGUUUAAUGUGUCAAUCACAGCUACAGAUGAAGGAACUCCCGCUCUGUCGAGCACAAGUGUCAUUACUGUUCAAGUUUCUGAUGUUAAUGACAAUCCUCCUCGAUUCCUGGAACAGCUGAUUAAUGUUUAUGUGAAAGAAAAUAGCCCGGUUGGAACUACUAUUCACAUACUGACGACAUUAGAUUCAGAUCUGAAUGAAAAUGCAAAAGCAACGUAUCACUUAAUGAACAGCUCUCCGAAGACACAGAUAGCUUCAAUGGUGAACAUCAACUCAGAGACUGGAGAUAUAGUCAGCCUGCAGUCUUUUAACUACGAGGAGUUAAAAACGUUUCAGUUUAAAGUUCAGGCAACAGACUCUGGUGUUCCUCCGCUCAGCAGCAACGUGACUGUGAACGUUUUAAUCCUGGAUGAAAAUGAUAAUAAUCCAAAUAUUCUGGCGCCCUAUUCUGAGCACGGCUCCGUUAACAGUGAGAGCAUCCCCUAUUCUGCUGAAGCGGGAUACUUUGUGGCAAAGAUCAGGGCUGUAGACGCAGACUCUGGAUACAACGCGCUGCUUUCUUAUCACCUCUCUGAGCCCAAAGGAAACAACCUCUUCCGGAUCGGAACCAGCACCGGAGAAAUCAGGACGAAGAGGAGAAUGAGUGACAAUGACCUGAAAACUCACCCCUUGGUGGUGUUGGUUUCUGAUAACGGAGAACCCUCCCUGUCAGCUACUGUGUCUAUUGAUGUGGUGGUGGUUGAAAGCACAGCUGACAUCCAGACUCAGUUCAGACAUGUGCCCAUAAAGGAAGACAGCUUCUCUGAUUUAAACCUGUAUCUGCUGAUCGCCAUUGUGUCGGUGUCAGUGAUCUUUCUGCUGAGCCUCAUCAGUUUAAUAGCUGUCAAAUGCCACAGGACAGACGGCAGUUUCAGCAGGUACAGCGCCCCAAUGAUCACCACCCACCCUGACGGGAGCUGGUCUUACUCCAAAUCUACUCAGCAGUAUGACGUGUGUUUCAGCUCAGACACGCUGAAGAGUGACGUAGUGGUUUUCCCCGCACCGUAUCCACCUGUAGAUGGUGAGCUGAUCAGUAUUAACGGAGGAGACACUUUUACCAGAACUCAGACUUUACCCAACAAAGACAAGGUAAGCCGUAGUUUUAAUACCUUUGAGUAACAUCAUUUGCGUAUCUUUUGUUAAAUACAUAGA